UCGGGCUGCUCGCGUCUCCACGCGGCGGUGCCCGUGAGCGCGGCGCGGUGCCGGGUGGGCGCUGCCCCGCUGCCGGUGGUCGCUUUGUUCCGUUCAGCAGCGCCGUGGCGGUGCUGGGUUGGGGCAGUGGCUGCCAUCGGCUCCCGCCACGUCGUUGUGCUUUUUUUUUUUUUUAAUCUUUCGCUUUCCGCCUCCACAGCGGGCAGAGAAAGAAACGCAACCGCGGGGCCUCCCCGGAACGAGGAGGCGCUGCGCCGGGCGGAGACCGAACAGCCACGCUGCUCCGCCCCGCGGCUGGGCAGCACCGGCGCGGCACGGCACGAUGGUGCCGGAACUGCAGAAAACCACGGUCCGCAUCCAGCAGCCGGAGCGCGUCAUGGGGCUGAUCCGCGCCAUCAAGGAGCAGGGCAGCAGCAAACUGCAGGUCAUCUCUGACUUCGACAUGACGCUGAGCAGGUUUGGGUGCAAUGGCCGGCGCUGCCCAACGUCACACAAUAUCCUCGACAACAGCCAUGUCAUCAGUGAGGAUGGCAAGAAGAAGUUAAAAGAUCUGCUGCAUCACUACUACCCCAUCGAAAUCGAUCCCAACCGCAGCCUGGAAGAGAAACGUCCCCUGAUGGUGGAGUGGUGGACCCGGGCCCACGAGCUGCUGUCGCAGCAGAAGAUCCAAAAGGGAGACAUUGCCCAGAUUGUCAGGGAGUCGGAUGUGAUGCUGAGGGAUGGAUUCAAUGAGUUGUUUGAUCAGCUGCAUAAGUACAACGUCCCCAUGUUCAUCUUCUCUGCUGGCGUUGGUGACAUCCUCGAGGAGAUUAUACGUCAGGCCAACGUCUUCUACCCCAAUGUCAACGUGGUGUCCAACUACAUGGACUUCGAUGACAGUGGAGUCCUCAAGUGCUUCAAGAGCCCUCUAAUCCACACCUACAACAAGAACAACAGUGUGCUGCAGGGCACUCCCUACUUCCAGCAGCUGAGCACACGGACGAGCAUUAUCCUUCUGGGGGACUCCAUGGGCGACCUGACGAUGGCAGAUGGCGUUCCCAGUGUGGAGAACAUCCUCAAGAUCGGCUUCCUCAACGACAAGGUGGAGGAGCGGCGGGGGAAAUACCUGGAUGCCUAUGAUAUCGUGCUGGAGAGCGACGAGACGUUGGAUGUGGUGAAUGGGAUUCUGCGGUACGUCCUCAUGGAGACGUGAGCCGGGCAGCAGCGCCCCAACCCGGCCCGUCAGCCGCGUGCUGGGGAUGAGCGCCCUUAGCAAAGCUGGACGGGCGUCCCGGUACCUGCCUGAAUCCACCCCCAUGCCGGGGCUCCCCCUGCCCCAGCUGUUGUGUCCCAAACCUCACGGCUCUUCUGGUCAGUUUGGAGCUGAAGGGCUGAUCGGGAGGAAGCGAGGAGCCUGCCCUGCACUCUGCAUCCUCCUCAGCCUCCAGCAGCACCGGGGCCACAGCAAACAUUUGUGUUCUGGGGAGGGAUGUUCUGUGCUUCUGUCCAGCAGCUGAGCACAGAAGCAGGGACUGUUGGCUGUGGCUUGAGGGCAGGCUGGUUUGAGUUGAAGCUGUUUGGUUUUACUGCAUUCCUGUCUAAGGAAAUGAGCACUGCUGCUCCUAUCGUGUUUUCUGUGGCCCCAAGGUGUGCAGGCUGAGCCCCAGCUGUGGGGACGGAGCAGGGUGGGGUGGUCCUGCAGCCCCGGGAGGUGGGUGCUGGGGAUGGUGGGCAGCUCUGCUGGGUUCCCCUGGGCUCUGACCUCAGCCCUCACCCUGCAGCUCGCUCACCACCCUCCACACCAUGGGCUGCUAAAUGUCACUUCUGGGCAGUGCAGAUCUCUGCUUCUUUGCAAUAAAAUCAUUGACGAAA